AUGGCCAACGAAGCCACUCCUUACCUAAGCGCCUUUCUGACAGAACGUCCCAGAGAUGGCAUUGAUAUGAUUCAGAGUCGAAUUCGCUCCUCUCUCAAACUCAAUGAAGAAUUAGCCGAGGCCCAUGCCGAAGACCUUUAUGCAAAAAGCUUAGUCAAGCUAUCAAAGAAACUGUUUAUUUCUGACAAAUCAGCCCUUGGCCAUUUGACACCUAUUUGGGAGAUGCUCUCAAACGAAGUUACCGAGGUUUCAACUAUACAUGCAGUCAUGUCCUUUAAGAUUACCGAAGAAGUUGAACGUCCUCUACGAUCAUCAAUGCAACAAGACCCAGACUACGCCACAGUUAGAUCAAUGGACAGCCAAUUUCAAAAGAUUUCUCGGGAUUAUGAUGAGCGUCAACUCAAGAUGAUAAAGCACAAGAAGACUGCCGAAAAAACUAGAAAACCAGAAGCCGAAGCUAAGUUGGCGGAGUCAACACGCGCUAUUGAGGAUAUUAGGGCCGAAUGGUUACGCUCAGGAAGGGAUUAUGUUUUGAAACAUCAAGCAGUAGAUGAACAUCGUAUCUAUAAUCUCAAGAAUGCUAUCCAGUCCUUUGAAUCUCUUCAAACAAACCAAUUGUUGAAACGACUGGCUGGUCAUGUAGCAGAAGCAGCAAGUCAAUUCAAAGUCGAAGAUGAGGUAACUGCGUUUUGUAACGCUUCCCCUACAGUUUCUUUCUCUGGAGAAAUGCAUGGUCAACCCCAGCCCCUACCCCAGUUUCAUUCACUACCGCAAUCACAAUCACAACCCAAGUUUCAACCCCAUAGUCGCUCCAUAUCUCUUGAAUCUGGUCAUCAAGAAUUGCCCACUAGUGGGUCUGAUAAUAGUCUUCAUGUGAGAUCGAAGAAGACCUUUUCGACAUUUAUUUCUAUCCGGCGCAAACCAAAGCAAGAAAACGGGUAUAUUUCUACGGAUUCUGUUCACCCCCCUCAUACUUCAGAUACCCAAGAGGUCCAUGACAAUGCCAGCUUUUUUUCAUCUGCCAUGAAUUCUGAUAUUCCCGAACAGGACAAUAAUCCAGACUCAUCAAACAACCCAGCAUCGCCUACUUCCAUUACUCCACCUUCAGCUCAAAAAUCCCAAAGCACUACGAGUAGCAUGAAUAACUCAACUCCUCUGCCAAGAGUUGUUGUGGAUGCAGAGGGUUAUACGAUCCCACCCCCUGAUAGGGCAGCUUGGCCUGAAAUUGGUUCUCUUAAAGAUGAUGAUAUUGGAUCAGACGGUGAAAGUACGUUUGGAAACCAGCGAAUCAAUAUUGAAAUCAAAAAUGAAAAAAUUGAACAAGAGGAUAAUCAACAUGCCACUGAAGCAUUGUCUCGUGUACGGUCGAUUCUCAAAGAAAAUCAAUCAACAAUCAGUAAACGCCCAAGAGGUCGUCGUGAGAACAUGCGCUCAGUGAUGCUGAACCCUUCAGCAGAAGGUCACUCCGACCUCAUGGCUCAUAAGAACCUAACAGAAGAUGGUUUCAAAACUAUAAGGGAAGAAGAACAAGCACCAGAGAUAAUUGAAGUACCAGUAUCUCCUUUUGGAGACGUCGAGUUACCCCAACUUGAACAACUUCCUAGAAUCAAAGUACACAUCACGGAGACAAUUCACGCCAUGUUUCAGGGCGGACAGGUAGUUAAGUCUGAAGUAUGGGGAGACGUGAGCAUUGUUUACGAAGGUCCAAUCGAAAGUGCAAGCCCUAUUUGCUUCAAACUUUUGAACGCCAAUCAACUCGAUCAAAUAGCACCAAACGACAACUACGUGACACUCUACCAAGAUAGUCCAGAUGUCUUCCAGAUAAACACCGAGAUGUUCCGUUUGGCAGGUGCGAGCGCAGUGAACUGUCUAAAGUACAGAAUGCGACACGAUAUACAAGUUCCUUUGGUCAUCAAGCCAAUGUGGAAGUGCGAUGAUGAGCAGACACGCCUCUUGGUGAAAUACCAAAACAAGCAAAAUCAGACACUUCAAAAUAUCUUCUUCUUAACUACCGUAACCGGCCAAGUCCAGACUGCCCAGAGUAUUCCUGCUGGGCAGUGGAUGGUAGAACAACAGAAGAUGGUCUGGCCAAUGGGUGAUUUGGAAACUAAUGAUGAACAGGUUCUCAAGGCUAAAUUUGUUACUUCACAAAAGGGUGCACCACAACCAAUUGCUGUUCGAUUCGAGUGGCACGACCAUCUUGUGUCUCUGGUUAAUGUAGAGACUGGAGAAAACACACACCACGUUCUUUGGGUGUCUGUACAAGAAGUCAAAAAAACCGUUCGCGCAGGAAAAUAUAUUGCUGAAGUGGUGUAA